UUUGUCACGUUUCAUCAUAGGGGCUCGUGCGUGAUUGUAGUAUAGAGACUGUACUGAUUUGCAGCUCGGUUAUCUUGACCUCGUCCACAGCGAGCCAAAGACAUAGCGAGCGACAACAUGGAGGUAGAAGAAGAUGUUUUGGAUGCGGCAGAGCGCUCUGCGAGGCGUCUCGCAAAGAAGCUGAAGCGCGGGACAACUGGGCCAGCCGCGGCACUCCAAAGCGAUGAAAGCGUUGGAUUGCUAUAUGAUGAGGCCAUUCUUUUGCAUACCGGACCCCAAGACCCCAGCGAGCACCCCGAGCAGCCCGCUCGAGCGACUGUCAUGUGGCGCGUGUUCCAGCAGGCGGGGCUUGCGGAUCGCUGCUGCCGCCUGCCCCCGCGCGAGGCAAUGCGCACGGAGCUGGCUCUCUGCCACACCGAGGAUCACAUCGACCACGUGGAGUUGGCCUCCCAGGCCGCCCGCUCGACCGGCCAGCGCUACCUGGAGGACCACGGCGCCUCGCUGUACUGGACGCCCGGCACCGCGCAGGCGGCGCGCAUGGCGGCCGGGUGCGUCAUACAGGCGGUGCAGGCGGUGCUGAGCGGCGCCGUGAGGCGAGCCAUGGCUGUGGUGCGGCCGCCCGGGCACCACGCGGUGUGCGAGCGGGCCAUGGGGUUCUGCUUCUUCAACAAUGUGGCGGUGGCGGCCAGGGUGGCAUUGCAGCACCCGGGUGUGAGGAGGGUGGCGAUUGUGGACUGGGACGUGCACCACGGCAAUGGCACGCAGGACAUUCUGGAGUCCCGUGCCGACGUGCUGACGCUGUCUCUGCACCGCUACGGCCGCGGCUUCUACCCGGGCACCGGGGCGGCGGCGGAGGUGGGCCGCGGGCCGGGGCGCGGCUUCAACGUCAACGUGCCCUGGACCGCGCCCGACCGCAAGGACGUGGACUACGUGGCCGCCUUCAGCCUGGUUGUGGAGCCGGUGCUGCAGGCCUACGCCCCCGACCUGGUCAUUGUGGCGGCGGGCUUCGACGCGGCGGACGGAGACCCGGUCGGCGAUUGCUCCCUCACGCCGGGCGGCUACGGCUGGAUGACGGAGCGGCUGUUGCGGUUCGCGGGCGGCAAGGUCGUGUUGGCGCUGGAGGGCGGCUACAACACGGGGGUGACAGCCGCCUGCGCCGCCGCCUGCGUUCGCACACUGCUGGAGGGCGCCUCCACCGCACCCCUGCUACCCGACACCCAGCCCGACACAGCCACCAAGCGCAACCUGGAACAGGUGUACAUGACGCAGCGCGCCCAUUGGCCGCUGUGCUGCGCGGCGCAGCGGCCCGCGCGCUCACUGGCAGCGGAGUUCGAGGAGGCGUGGCAGGAAAUGCUGCACCACCUCGCGGCGGAGCGCGCCCGCCUGGGCCGAUUCGCUGAGGUGGCGGCGCUGCGGCGGCGGCUGGCGGCGGCGGAGGAGGCUUUGGCGGCGGCGGCGGCGCAGGCGGCGGAGAUGGCGGCGCUGCGGCGGGCGGCGCGGCGGCAGCGGCACGAGGUGACAGUCCACGAGGGGCGACUGCAGCGGCUGAGGGCGAAGCUGCAGCUGCCGAGCGAUGCGGAGCGGCUGUGGCUGGCUGCCUCCACGGGCGACGUGGAGGAGGUGCGGCGGCUGUUGGAGGGCGGCGGGCUGGACGUCAACGCGGCAGACCAGCAAGGGCUAUCCGCGCUGCACCACGCCGCGGCGGCGGGCGAGGCGGCGGCGGUGCGGCUCCUGCUGGCAGACCCAGACGUGACCGUGGAUGCGCUGGACCAUGGCCGGCUGACGCCGCUACACCACGCCGCGCGCAACGACCACCACCGGGUGGUUCGGCAGCUGGCGGCGGCGGGGGCCAGCCUCACAGCCACCAGCAAGCUGCUGAACACGCCGCUGCACAUGGCCGUCAAGUGGCGGCAGCGGCGGGCCGUGCGGGCGCUGGUGCGCGCGGCGGCGGCGGCGCCCGACCCAGCCGCCACCGCGGCCGCGCUGCUGCGGGCUGCCAACAAGGCCGGACAGACGGCUCUGGCGCAGCUGGAGCGGCGGCCCUCAAGGCGCAUCAGCAAGCACAUGGCCCGACUCGUGGAGCUGACACGGAUAAAGCGGGAGUUGGAGGAGGAGGACGAGGACGAAGAGGAGGACGACGAGUAUGAGGCGGACCAGGAGGAGGACGAGGAGGAGGACGAGGAGGAGGAGGGCCGUGGGCGGGGCGGCGGCAGGGGCAGUGGUGGUGAGAAGGAGGAGGAUGGGUCGGGUUCGGACUCGGACGGAGAUGAUGACUCGGAAGAGGAGGAGGAUUCGGAGGAUGAGGAGGAUGACUCUGACAGUAGCGGCGGCGGUGAGCGGGCGUUGUUGGAGCAGCUGCAGCAACAGGCGCACGCCGUCCAGCGCACUGCCGCCCAGCGCGCCGACGGCGGCGGCGGCGGCGCCGCCGCGGCUGCUGCUGCUGCGGACGCAGGGCACCGGAGCGCUGCCGCCGCCGCCGCCACUGCCGCGGCGUCGCCUUCUGCUGGGGCAGCAGCUGGAGGCGACAGGGGCGUCAAGCGGGCACGGCCCAGCCGCAGCGACGGCGGUGACGACAGCAGCAAUGGCAGCAGCAGCGACGACGACGAGAAGGAGGAAGAGGAGGAUGGUGAUGAGGAUGAUGAGGAUGCGGACUACGCCGCUCCCCGGCGGGGCGAUGGCGGUGGUGGUGGUGGCUCGGAUGACGAUGAUGAUGAUGAAGACGAUGAAGACGAUGAAGACGACGACGACGAGGAGGAGUCCUCAGGCUGAGAUUGAGGAGCAGUUGCGUUUGUUGGCGGUGGUGCAGGGGCGGCGGCAGCCGCUGCGGCUUCUCUGGGGCGGCGCGGUGUGUAUGCGUGCGUGCGUGCGUUGCAAGACUGGUGUGGCUGAGUGUGUGUGUGGGCAGGCCAACGGACUCGGACUCGGAGCAAGGCGCUCAGAUGGCACGAGCAGGAGCCCGCCUGUUGGGCCGCGCAUGAAUGCCAGCGAGGUGCCCACCGCGGCGGGGCUGGGGGCGGGGCGGGGGCGGGGGACACCUGCUGUUGCAUGGCGCUCAGGAGGUGGGGCUGCGUGCAUGGGCGGACAGCAGUGAUGGCGGAGCGAGCUUGGUGUGUUGCACGGUACAGGAAGUAUGGGGUCGGCUGUCCGGGCCGCCCGUCCUGCUGCUCUCACGUGCCUCCAGAAGGUAGGGCGGUGUGGCCAGCUGCUGCUGCGAUACCGGAGGGAACAUUCCUCGGACCUCGGAUGGGGAGUGGCUAGGAAGACUAUGUGCGUACAAUUGUUGCGCCAAUGUAAGACCCGAGAUGU